GAGAGAGCGAGCGGAGAGAGAGAGAGAGAGUGAGAGGCUGCAAUCUCCUCCCAGAAUCGCGCACAGCGCUGCAGAUCCCCCGGCUCCGACUUGCGGGCCGAAUGCAGGUGAGGGAAGGCACGGACUCUGCGGCUGCGAAUCCAAACUUGUGCACCGCGCGCUGCGCAUGGUUCGGCCCUCGCCCCCGCGGGCGAAUGGCUGGCUGCUGCGGUUUCAGGCGGCGUCUUCGUGACUAAUGACCUUGCGCAGAGUUGUUAAGAAAAAAAAAAACAACAAACAAAAAAACAAAAAAAACAAAAGCCAGGAAGCCGAGCUCUCUGGGGUGAGAAGCGACGGACUCCGGGCGUCUCUGAAGAUGGCUCGCGCUGCUCUUUGGCGCGCUGGGGGCACCGGGACACGGACCACGUUGUGACGCGAGGAGUCUUCUUCAUUGCGUCGGGCACGGAGUGACCUGCCGUGGGUGUUUCAUUCUCUCUUCGUCCUCUCUGGACUGAAUCCCCGCUUGCUAAGGGGACUCAGAGUUGAAACUGGCUUGUUGCUAGCCCCGGAGCAUCGUGCAGGAAGCCACUCCACGUCAGUCGGAGCAGCCGGAGCCGGCACCGAGGCGGAGAGUCUAGAGUGAGUGGCUGGAACGUAAAUUGGACUCAACUCGAGUAGCGGGUCUGGCAGGCGGUGGAGGUUGCAGGUUCGCUCCACGCUGCUUCCCGGCUCCGCCGCCCGCCUGCCUGCCGGAGCGGUUUCCAGCGCGCGGGGACCCGAGCCCGGGAUCCUCUUCCCCGCUGCGGGGAUGACUUUGAGGGGCGUGGGGUGGGGGCGCCGAGCCCGCGGCGCGCAAUGUCCCGUGAACUGUGAGUACUGCGACUAAACGGUGGCCGGCUAGCGGGCGAUUAGCACCCAUUGCAUGAAUUAUGAAACAAUAACUUUCGGAAGAAGCAGGAGAAGGAAAAUAAAAAGAUUCAUCAUCUAUCUCUAGCUGCCUCCUUGCCUCCCUCCUCCCUCCCAUCGGCCGACUCUCCGCGCUGCUCUUGCCCCCUCCCUCCCUGCCUUUCCUUCCUUUCCCGGAGAGGAGAGAGGACCGAGGGGAGGGCCGGCGGCCAGCCCCCGAGGAGGGACAGCGCCGAGGGGGCUGUGGUUAGAAGGAGCAGUAGCAGCAGCAGCAAGAGAAGAUGCUGAGGAUGCGGACGACGGGAUGGGCGCGCGGCCGGGGCUUGGGCUGCUGCCUCCUGCUGCCGCUCUGCCUCAGCCUGGCCGCCUCCAAGCAGCUGCUCCGGUACCGGCUGGCCGAGGAGGGCCCCGCCGACGUGCGGAUCGGCAAUGUGGCCUCGGACCUGGGCAUCGUGACGGGCUCGGGAGAGGUGACUUUCAGCCUGGAGUCCGGCUCCGAGUAUCUGAAGAUCGACAACCUCACGGGAGAGCUGAGCACCAGCGAGCGGCGCAUCGACCGCGAGAAGCUGCCCCAGUGUCAGAUGAUCUUCGACGAGAACGAGUGCUUCCUGGACUUCGAGGUGUCGGUGAUCGGGCCCUCGCAGAGCUGGGUGGAUCUGUUUGAGGGUCGGGUCAUCGUGCUGGACAUCAACGACAACACGCCCACCUUCCCGUCGCCCGUGCUCACGCUCACGGUGGAGGAGAACCGGCCCGUGGGCACGCUCUACCUGCUCCCCACGGCCACGGAUCGCGACUUUGGCCGCAACGGCAUCGAGCGCUACGAGCUGCUCCAGGAGCCCGGGGGCGGCGGCGGCGGCGGCGAAGGACGGCGCUCGGGGCCGGCGGACAGCGCCCCCUACCCCGGGGGCGGCGGGAACGGCGCUGGCGGCGGCGGCCCCGGAGGCUCCAAGAGGCGGCUGGAUGCGCCCGAGGGAGGUGGGGGGACCACCCCCGGUGGCCGCAGCAGCGUCUUCGAGCUGCAAGUCGCCGACACCCCGGACGGCGAGAAGCAGCCGCAGCUGAUCGUGAAGGGGGCGCUGGACCGCGAGCAGCGGGACUCCUACGAGCUGACCCUGCGGGUGCGCGACGGGGGCGACCCUCCUCGCUCCUCGCAGGCCAUCUUGCGGGUGCUCAUCACCGACGUGAACGACAACAGCCCCCGCUUCGAGAAGAGCGUGUACGAGGCCGACCUGGCUGAGAACAGCGCGCCGGGAACCCCCAUCCUGCAGUUGCGCGCCACCGACUCGGACGUAGGGGUCAAUGGGCAGAUUGAGUACGUGUUCGGGGCGGCCACCGAGUCCGUGAGGCGCCUACUGCGCCUCGACGAAACGUCCGGAUGGCUCAGCGUCUUGCACCGUAUUGACCGCGAGGAAGUGAACCAACUACGGUUCACAGUCAUGGCCCGUGACCGCGGCCAGCCCCCCAAGACGGACAAGGCCACCGUGGUCCUCAGCAUCAAAGAUGAGAACGAUAACGUGCCCUCCAUUGAAAUCCGAAAGAUUGGACGCAUCCCAUUGAAGGACGGGGUGGCCAGUGUGGCCGAGGACGUACUGGUGGACACCCCCAUCGCCCUGGUGCAGGUGUCGGAUCGAGACCAGGGGGAGAACGGGGUAGUCACCUGUACCGUAGUAGGCGAUGUGCCCUUCCAGCUUAAGCCGGCCAGCGACACAGAGGGCGACCAGAAUAAGAAAAAGUACUUCCUGCACACGUCUGCCCCUUUGGACUAUGAGAGCACCCGGGAGUUCAACGUGGUCAUAGUGGCGGUGGACUCGGGCAGCCCCAGCCUCUCCAGCAACAACUCCUUGGUGGUUAAAGUGGGAGACACCAACGACAACCCGCCAGUCUUUGGCCAGUCGGUGGUGGAGGUUUACUUCCCAGAGAACAACAUCCCUGGCGAGAGGGUGGCCACCGUGCUGGCGACCGAUGCAGACAGCGGGAAGAACGCAGAGAUCUCCUACUCGCUAGACUCAGCGGUGAUGGGGGUCUUUGCCAUUGAUCCUGAUUCUGGGGACAUCCUGGUCAAUACGGUGUUGGACCGCGAGCAGACUGACAGGUAUGAAUUUAAAGUUAACGCCAAAGACAAAGGCAUCCCAGUGCUGCAGGGUAGCACCACGGUGAUUGUGCAGGUGGCCGAUAAGAACGACAAUGACCCUAAGUUUAUGCAGGACGUCUUUACCUUUUACGUGAAAGAAAAUCUGCAACCCAACAGCCCAGUGGGGAUGGUCACUGUGAUGGAUGCUGACAAAGGAAGGAAUGCAGAGAUGAGCCUCUACAUAGAGGAGAGCAGUAACAUUUUUUCUAUUGAAAAUGACACAGGGACCAUUUACUCCACGAUGUCUUUUGAUAGGGAACAUCAGACUACUUACACUUUCAGAGUUAAGGCUGUGGAUGGGGGAGACCCUCCCCGCUCGGCCACAGCCACAGUGUCUCUUUUUGUGAUGGAUGAAAAUGACAAUGCCCCCACAGUGACCCUUCCCAGAAACAUCUCCUACACGUUACUGCCACCGUCAAGUAAUGUCAGGACAGUAGUAGCUACAGUGCUGGCAACUGACAGUGACGAUGGCAUCAAUGCAGACCUGAACUACAGCAUUGUGGGAGGGAACCCCUUCAAGCUGUUUGAGAUUGAUUCCACCAGUGGUGUGGUUUCCCUAGUGGGAAAACUCACCCAGAAACACUAUGGCUUGCACAGGUUGGUGGUGCAAGUGAAUGACAGUGGGCAGCCCUCCCAGUCCACCACGACUCUGGUGCAUGUGUUUGUCAAUGAAAGUGUCUCAAAUGCAACUGUGAUUGACUCUCAGAUAGUCAGAAGCUUGCACACCCCACUCACCCAGGAUAUAGCUGGGGACCCAAGCUAUGAAAUUAGCAAGCAGAGACUCAGUAUAGUCAUUGGGGUGGUUGCUGGCAUUAUGACAGUGAUUCUAAUCAUUUUAAUUGUGGUGAUGGCUAGGUACUGCAGGUCCAAAAACAAAAACGGUUAUGAAGCUGGCAAAAAAGACCACGAAGACUUUUUCACACCCCAACAACAUGACAAAUCCAAAAAACCUAAAAAGGACAAGAAAAACAAAAAAUCUAAGCAGCCUCUCUACAGCAGUAUUGUCACUGUGGAAGCCUCGAAACCAAAUGGACAGAGGUAUGAUAGUGUUAAUGAGAAGCUGUCAGACAGCCCAAGCAUGGGGCGGUACAGAUCUGUUAAUGGUGGGCCUGGCAGUCCCGACCUGGCUAGGCAUUACAAAUCCAGUUCCCCAUUGCCUACUGUCCAGCUUCACCCACAGUCACCCACUGCAGGAAAAAAACAUCAGGCUGUACAAGAUCUACCACCAGCUAACACAUUUGUGGGAGCAGGGGACAACAUAUCAAUCGGAUCAGAUCACUGCUCUGAGUACAGCUGUCAAACCAACAGCAAGUACAGCAAACAGCCAUUUCGUAGAGUGACGUUUUCUGUUGUGAGUCAGCCUCAGGACCCACAUCAGGGGUCACUGCAGAGUUGCUAUGACAGCGGGCUGGAGGAGUCAGAAACACCAAGCAGUAAGAGUUCAUCAGGGCCAAGACUGGGUGCCCUUCCACUCCCAGAGGACAACUAUGAAAGGACCACGCCGGAUGGCAGUGUUGGUGAGGCAGAGCAUAUGGAAAAUGAUUCGAGGCCUCUUCCAGAUGUAGCUCUGACUGGGAAGUGCACCCGUGAGUGUGACGAGUAUGGCCACUCGGACUCCUGCUGGAUGCCCGUCCGCACAUCCCCGGAGAGGAAGAAGAGCCAGCCCAAACUCUCCACUUUCAUGCCUGUCGAUGAACGAGGAAGCCAGGAAAAGCUGGCCAACGGGGAGGCCGCCAUCAUGGGUGACCGCAACAGAAACCUCCUGAACAAAAAGUUGACCUCAUCCUACGACACCUUCAGCGCAGCUACUUUCAGCAAAAAUGAGGAAGCCAACCCCGAGGAUAUUCCCCUGACCAAAACAGGGGAAUAUAAGCCAUCUCCCGUCAAUACUCUCACUAGAAGAGAAGUGUAUCUGUAGGCACCAAGAAGAAACAGCAGUGUUCCUUUGAUGUGGGAGGAGAGUGAGGGGAAGAGAAAUCUUUACAGAGCAAAACCAUUUAACCACAAAGAGGGGGCUACCAAAGACACAAACCUUUGCCUGCCACUUCUGCCUCCAGAUCAGGCCAUUAGUGAAUGGUUAGCCUGAUUAAAAUGUACAAUAUAGAAUCCAUUCUUGGUACUUGCAUGAUCCCCAAUACCUACUCUCUUUUCCCUAGCCCCCUUCCUCCCCCCUCCACAAAGAAAAAAAAAAAAGAUGGUUGCAAGUUUUUGUUUUGUUUUUGUUUUGGUAUUCUUUUUCGUGGCAACAAGCCUGAUUAGCAGAACACAAUAGCCUCAUCAUCCCUAAUUGGAAGCAUGAUUUCAGUCACUUUGAUUUUGUUCGAGUAUCAUCUGGCUGGUUCAUAAAAGCAGGACGAGUAAAAUAUAUUAAUGAAAUAUAUUUCAGACAUACCAUCCAAAAUAUAUUUCAGACAUACCAUCCAAAUACAGUGAUCACCAUUAAAGGUGAUUCUUGAAAAUAAUAGCACCCUUCUAUAUUUGAUACAGUCCCUAUAUAUAAACAGGAGGGAGUGUAUGAUGAAAAAAAGCAUUUCUGGAAGAUACUGGCCUUGGAAUUCUAACAAUCGCUAAGAGGAAAAGAGUACUCAGUGGGGAUUUUAGUCCCAAACUGCUAGAUGUGGUUAUUUUGUUGAGGUCAAGGGCAUCAACUUCAAGUCCAUAUAUUCACUGGAUACGCAGACACAUUUAACUAUGUAUAUCAACUCCACUAAUUACGACUUGCAGAUUUUUUUUUUUUUUUUUUUGGAACAGAACCAGUCUUUUCAGCAAAAGGUGAAUGGUGAUGACAUUAUGGGACCAAAGUUCAUAUGGAAGAUGAGAGAUGCCAUGAAGUAGAUUUGGGCUUGACAUGGAAAUCCACUCAUGUACAAAAACAACCCAUGCCAGUAUACACGUAGAAAGACUCAAAUGCUAGUUUACUUUACAGUGACUUUGCCUGUGCCCAAAAACAUUGUUCUUUUCAAAUAUGUUUAAUUUGAACCCUCAGAAAAAUGAAAAACUUAUGAGACAUAUUUUUCAUAUAAUAAGGAACUGAUGGAGGUUUGAGGUUAGUUUCCUAUAAUACUGUCAGGGAAGAUUCCACUUUUUUAUAUUCAUAUUAAUGGGUAGUGGACUAGAAAAAGACAUGCUGGUAUAAAUGCUCUUAAUGAGUCUGCUAUUGUCAUUUUAGAAUUGCAGCUACUCUUGCUGGUCUUACUAUCAUUUCAAAUCACAAUGGUCUCUCUUGCUUUUUCAGUGCACACUUCCGUGCAGCACAAGUGUAUUAAUGUUGAAGCAUUUUAAAACUCACAUUUAAACAAGGCAAGACCAUACUGGACUUGUCUUUAGUGAAAUUUCUAUAUUAUUUAAUGUUUGUCUUAAUUCCGGUCUGAACAUGAAAGAGAAGAGUCCUGGACGUAACCUUUCUCACAGUCUGUGCAUCUCAAAGUUGGAAAACACGGACUUUUUUCAAGUCUAACAGAACAUGCAAAUUUUGAGCCAUUUGCUCUAUGCAAGAUGAUUUCAUACCAUUGCAGCUUAAGCUGGGACACUCAAAAGAAAGUGACAAUCCAUGAACAGAAAAGGGGAUAACAGGUAAAGAGAGCAAAAGUUCUCAUCUCUGAAUGUUUGGAAGUUGGUUAAGGCAUAGCCUUGAGGGCUUUCUAGAAAAUUGUAGUCAUAAUGUAGCUUUGGGUAUUUUCAUGCCUUGCAGAGUUUCUUAGUCUAUAAGAUGAAGCAACCUGGAAUAUGGGUUGAUAAAUCACUAUAGGUCAUCAAAAUACUUAUCUUGGAAAAAUACUUCUGUUUGGUGGGGUACUCUUUUGGGAUCAUUUCUUUAUUCUAUUUCUUCAGUGGGGUUUCAUUUGAUGUUAGUUUGUGUGUAGUAGGUAGGAUGAAAAAAAUGUAAUGGAAACAAAAACAUGGGACUAAAAUUUCAAUAAUUGAACAUAUUUAUGUUUGAUUAUAAUUUACACUAUGGAAAGAUGCAAUUCUAGUACUUUGUUAGGAAACUGCAUUUAAGCAGUUUUGCCUUGUAUAAUCUGUAAGUACCUAUUAAGACAAAAUACUUCUAAAGAUACUUAUGAAAUGUAUACAUAUUUUUCUUGCACGUUACAAAGGAAAUAAUUGCAUAACACAGCUGUUCAACACUCUUUUUAAUGCAUUCUUUCUUUCUUUCAUGGGACACUUGAAACCAUUAGAUAGCUCAUUUCACUCUCACUUAAAACCCUUCUGUGGUCUAUAAAGCUAAUACGGGUCACACUGGACCUUCAGAUGAAUUGGAUCCACAUUCCACAAUGAUGUUUGCACCACUUACAAGACAUCCAUGUCAUUGUCAUUUAACUCGUAAACUUCUCAUUAGAACUAAAAUGGGUGUGAAAGAAUAAAAUUCAGUGUACUGUAAGUAUUCACUGUAAUUCUAGUAGAAUUAGCUAUCAUAACAUGUUUAUUAUAUAAUGAGCUGGCAUGACACAGAAAUAUAUUUUGUGUUUGUAUGACUUUUAUUUUGAAUAGGUUAAAUCUGGAGCCACUCCAUAUAUAGAGUGCUUUUGAAAAAAAAAAAGAAAAUAAAAAAAUAAAUAAAUGAGUGAAUGCAAAUUAAGCAACUGUGCCUUUUAUACCUGAUGUUAUGGUGAAAAAAAAAUGGUUGUUGGGUUUGGACAAUGAGGGGAAAUGGGCUAUUCCGAACUUUUUUGCUUCUGUAUAUUUAUCCAUGUUUAUUUUCUGAAAAUAAUAGAUAGUAUAUGAAAAAUUUGCCUUCUAGGAAACUCAGAUACUGGACCAGUCUUAAAUAUUGUUCAUUCAUAAAACAAAAUUAAGGCAUUGAUAUGGACUGCUUAGAUCUCACUGGAAGGUGUGAUCCUUGGCUACAUAGCACCAUGAGGAGAUAUGAUCAGGGGAGACAUCAGGCCAUUUUGCAAAGUAAAUUAUUGAUUUAGAUAUUUUAUUGUUUUGUUUAUUUUUAGUUGGUCUUUCAUUUUUCAUUGUACAGUAUAUGAACAAUUCAUGUUUUCUGUACACAACACUCUUGAGGACUUUUGCAUGCAUUAUCCAUUGGGACACAUUUACAAAUUCAUUAUAUAAAUUUCUGUGUAUUAAAAUAUCUGUAGCAUCAGUUGAAAAUCUGCUACUCUGUCUGAAUUUCCAGUUAUCACUGUUGGAUAGUUUUUGACUGGCCUUCUGCCUGAGUUUCAGAAAACAAGGGAGGCAUUAUUUUUAUGGGUAGAAGAACUGACACGGUACUGAGGGCAUCUGUCUGAAAGGCUACCCUGGGAAGCUGGGUUAUAGGAAAAUAAAAUUAAACACAUAGGCCAGAAGAAACCACCAAGAAUCAAACAGCCAUCCAAAAACAGUUUUGAGAAAUCUAAAGACAGAUGUCAUUUUCAGAUUUCAGUGGUAAAUAGAUGCGUUCUUAAAAAAAAAGUAAAAUUAAAAAAAAAAAUAGACAAAAAGAGCUUAACUGGUCAGGAAUAGAGUAUAUCUAGUUAUAUGACCCCGGCAGAGGAGUGGUAUAUAACAUCUGGGGGAGGCAUCAUUUUUUUAAAGCUACCUAGGGUUUACUUUCAGACAACUUUUCCUACAUUUUAAAGCACUUGCAUUCAGUGUGGUACGAUCUGUCUGUAAUGUUAAGUCAUUGACUAUUGUUCUGCUACUUGGUUGUUGAUAGUGAAGCAGAGAACAAUUUCUCAUCAUUUAUUAUGAGUCACUAUGCACGCAACUAUGCUACACAUGGCGAAAUGUAUGAAAACACUCGUCCAACUAUUUAUGAAAUACUUUACAUAAUUUAAUUUGCUUUUGUACAGUUUUAUGUAAAUAAAUUGCUUGUCAUUUUUGUCUCUACAAAUUAAAAUAUAACAUGGUUCAAAUGCUUUCA